AUCCCUAACCCCAAACAGCCCCGUGUUGGAUUACAUAUACAGUUUGACACUUGCCAAACGGACCCCACCUCACAACGCUUGCAUUUUUAUCUACUGCAUAAUUCACACGCAGAGAGACAGGGAUACAAGAGAAGCAGAAGCUAAUACUACUCCAUAGCGUAGCGUUUUCGAAAUUCAAAAGGCCAAAGCUCAGAGUAAGCUGGUUGUUCGAUUGUUCAAGGACUUCCUUGUUAUUCUGUUUAUUCGAGUUAUUUUGGAGUAGAUCACUGGCAUGUUUGGUGAAGUGGAAGUCUGCAGUACUGUCAGAAUCAUUGCUGAAAACUUGGACAGAAAUGGAUUGGUUCCACAGAGGUCUAUAGUAACACACCUGUUGAAGGACUUAUUGAGCAUGAAGGCCAGCAAGGAUCAUGGUUACUUUCUUGCAGUAACUAAUUUGAAGAGCAUAGGCAAAGGGGAAGUAGUGAACAAGUCUGGCGAUAUGUUGUUCCAUGUAGAGUUUAAAUGUCGAACCUUCAUGCCUAUGAAAGGAGAAAUUUUGCAGGGGGUUGUUCAUCGUACAUUUAGACAUGGAGUCCUAUUGAGAUGCGGACCUGUCAAGUAUAUCUUCCUUUCAGCUAGGAAAAUGCCAAAUUACCAAUAUACUUCCGAGGAAAAUCCAGUCUUCUUGAACGAUGAGCUUGCGAGGAUAGAAAAUAAUGUACUAGUCCGUUUCUCUGUGCUUGACGUGAGAUGGAUAGAGAAAAUGUGGGAUAUGAGAAGGGAUUUCAUGAUGCUUGCAAGUUUAGUAGGUGAUUCCCUCGGACCAAUUUCAUUAUGUGGAUCUGAUGAGUUAGACUUAUAGAUGUUUAGAUCAGCAUUACUGUUCUGCUUGUGCAAAAAAUUUGGACUGCUUGUCUGCGCUGUGAGCAUGAAUUUUAAAGUGUAACUGUCUUUUAACAUCGUGGAAAAUUUAUGAAGCAUUUUACUUGAGUAGAUGGCA